AUGUUUACAACUGCCACUUCCUGCUACACGUGGGUGAAGUACGCUUCCUGGGCGAUCUACUCAUUUCAUGCUCGCCAUUUUCUGUAGACAUUACGGUCAGCCAUGCCACUGCAGACCUUCUCCUUCCCUCUCCCCGAAACUCGAUUCAUCAAAGCUGGUAAUUUUAUCUACAAGUUCAAACUCAGGGGAGGCAGCAGCUACAGUGGAGAGGAGCUUAUGGAAGGAAACUGCUUCAAUCAGGAGCUGGAGGAAAUCACCAGGACUGUUCUCGGCAACCUGGACAGUCUCCAGCCCUUCUGUAGUCCCCACUUCAACGUCUUCCCCUAUAAGAAACGGUGGGAGGGCAUGGCUAAGGUGACGUGCAAGCAUUGUGAGAAGAAGCUGAGGGCCUACCCGUCUAUUCUCGUCCUCUACCUGGAGAAAAACACGGCAAACGGUGAGGACGAACGUCUCAGCGUGCCUCCCUGUGUGACGGAGUGGAAAGCAGAGAAGAGAAGAGAAGAAGUUGAGCCCAGUGAGUUGCUGUUCUCUUACUUACACAACAGAGAGAAGGAGGUUGCACAGCUAAUCCCCUCUGUUUCUGAGCCGCAGCCAAAGCGCCGUAAAAGAGACUCACCACUAGAGGAGGCCGUACUAAAGGACUUGAUCAAGGACUUGGAGGCUGGAAGCGAGGUUUCUGUGGUCGAGCUGCACACUCGUCCACAUGCAGAGGAAGAGGUCGAGGAGGAUCCAGGACACGCUGACAAGACAUCAGGUGUCGACACGGUCAGAGGAGAUGGGACUCCAGGUGAAGUGCAUCCUGGGACAGAUGAGGACAUGGGGGAGGAGGAGGGUGAUGAGGAGGGAGAGAAUACAGACUUGGUCCAUGAGACACCUGCGAGGCCAGGGAUUUUGACUCGACUGGCCAGGCACGUCUUCCCUUUCUCCCUGUUCUUCAAAGACCCCUGA